CUAAACUGCGAAACCCAGAUGGAAACCAUGGAUGGGUCCAUUAUAUGAUCAUAAGCAAAGCAGUCGUAGGGCACCUCUGACUUGGCAAGCAAGCAGGCCGUCCGGCGCGAAAGGGAUCAUCUCUCUCAAGUUCCAGGGUACAUUGCUGGCUGUGGGGCUUGCCAAAGGAGAGUUGCCCUGUGACUGCGUUUCUGCUUACUUCCUAAUCCAUAAUACUUACUUCUUCUGCCUGGGUUCAUUUUCAUGACAAAAAACAUGAACAAAACUAAGGCUGAACGAAAUGCCAAGUGGGUUGAUGAUCGGAAUUUUCUUUCCCUUUAUUACAUUUCAAGCUAAUGCAAACAUGGAGGAACCCAACGAGACGGGUAGGUUUGAGACAACAAAAAAAAUACAAGAUGGAGACACCUGCUAACUGUCAUUCUUGGGUGGAAAUAUUUCACGGCCAAUUGUCAAACAUAUGAUGU